AUGUACGACCCUUGCCAAGACAUCAAGAAAGCCAAGGAAGGAGGACUACUAGCUCAGAGAGCAGUCGUCCAACUACACAAGAGGAUAGAAAUAGAUGGAUCUCCGGCAUAUACUGCUGAAGAUAUCCCAUGCCCCUCUUAUGUUAUCCCCACGUUAUCUGGAGUGAGUUGUGGAGUAAUAGAAGUUGGGAAGGUUUUUGAGAACAAGAUAGAGUUGAAGACGAAGGCACACUUGUAUGCAAUGAAGCAGAACUUCGAGUUUGUGGUGAAGAAGUCAGGCCAUCGUCAAGCUGCACCUCGAGUUAUUGGUCAUUGCAUAAAGAAAAUAUAUCAGACUGGAUUGAAUGCGUACAUGGCAAACAAAAUAAGAGAAGACAUUAAGAAUGAUUAUGGCAUUGAGUUGUCAUAUGGAAAAGCUUGGAGAUGCCGAGAGAAGGCUCUUUCUUAUGUCAGAGGGACAUUGGAAGAAUCCUACCAGAAGUUACCAUCGUACUUGUUCAUGCUUCAACAGAAAAAUCCCGAGACAUUGACAUAUUUUGUCACUAAGGAGUAUCGGUUCAAAUAUUGCAUUUUCUCACUCAGAGUUAGUAGAAGAGGGUUUCGUACAUGUGGUCCUGUGUUAUGUGUGGACGACACUUUUUUAAAGACAAAAUACGGUGGGAAAAUGUUAUGUGCAGUCACGCUGGAUGCAAAUAACCAUCUAUAUCCAGUUGCAUUUGGUAUUGUGGAUAGUAAGAAUCAUGAUUCUUGGAAGUAUUUCAUGUCAAAGCUAAAGGAAGUGAUUGGGGAAGUGGAGGACUUGGCGUUUGUAUCUAACAGGCAUGCAAGUAUUACACAUGCCUUGGAAACUAUUUUCCCCAAUGCCUAUCACGGUGCUUGCUACCACCACAUUAGUAUGAAUGUGGUUGCUAAAUUCAAGACUGAUCAUUGUCAUGUGUUGAUUUAUAAUGUGGCACAUGCUUUUAGGAAAUCUGAGUUCCACGCUCACUUCGAAAAAAUAAAAUCAAAAGACCCAACUAUUGCUCAAUACCUAGAAGGCAUGGGUUUUGAUAAGUGA